GGCUCAGAGGGUCAGACCAAGUCCUCUUAUAUCUAUGGGAAAACACCAUUUGUCUAUCUUCCCAAACUUGAAUACCCAAAAUCGCACCACCUGUGCUUUCCGACACCCAAACCGUCUCUCUAUUUCCCAGCCGCGUUUCACUCCCGAAACAAACGUGUCCAAGUCUUGCAUGUUUCAUGCACGUAUAAAAAUCAAAUUCUUUCUGAAACAACUCUCGUAACCCUAAAAGCAUAAAAAGUAUAGAUUAAAUCGUUAACGAAAUGAGCCAGCAACAGCCUGAGAAGCUACAAGAACCGAUCAAAUACGGGGAUGUGUUCCCCGCACAAGGUGAGAAAGCGGAGAUGCCGGUGGCGCCUAAGGAUGCAGCCAUGAUGCAGACGGCGGAGAACGCCAUGCUUGGCCACAACCCCAAGGGUUAUGCAGCUUCAGCCAUGCAGUCUGCUGCGAUGCAGAAUGAGGGUGCUGGAUUUGUAUGCCACGAAGAUCUCAACGCUGAAUCCGGUGUUACGAUUAAAGAGACAGAACUUCCAGGAAAACGUGUGAUCACAGAGUCCGUUGGUGAUGAGGUUGUCGGACAAUAUGGCCAGGCAGCUCCAUUUUCUUCUGGGCAAUUCUCCGCUUCUCAACAGGGUAGCAGUACUGGUGAUGCAAUAACCAUCGGUGAAGCACUUGAAGCCACCGCCCUUACAGCCGGAAAGAAGCCGGUGGAAUGGAGUGAUGCUGCUGCAAUUCAGGCGGCGGAAGUGAGAGCCACGGGUCGUACCUCCAUAAUGCCUGGUGGCGUCGCCGCUGCUGCUCAGUCAGCUGCCACCCUCAACGCUAGGGCAACUAGAGACGAGGACAAGACCAAAUUGGGUGAUAUUCUCUCAAAUGCAACGGCAAAGUUACCUUCGGAUAAGCCAGCAACACGGAGAGAUGCAGAAGGGGUGACGGGUGCAGAGAUGAGGAAUGACCCUAACCUGACCACACAUCCGGCAGGCGUGGCAGCUUCUGUGGCUGCAGCUGCUAGGCUCAACCAGAGUCAUAAAUGAAACCUAUAUUAUAGCACCAUGUACAUGUAACUACGAACUUUGCCAGGCUUUGCUUUCAUUGCUUGAGUUUGAGUUGUUGAAUCUGCUAUGAGCGUUCAAUCUCUGUACUCACUUUCUUGAAAUUGAAAUAAAAUAACUUGGUGAAA